AUGGACCUCCCCAGCGGGAUGCUCCUCGCCUGCUCCCUCUGCCUCCUGCCUGGGUUCAGUGACACCUUCAACAUUGACACCAAGAGACCCAAAAUCAUAGCUGGCUCUAAGGAAGCGUAUUUUGGCUACACGGUGCAGCAGCAUGACAUCGGGGGAAAGAAAUGGCUGGUGGUGGGAGCUCCCUACGAAACCAACGGCCAGCAGAAGACGGGAGACGUCUACAAGUGCCCGGUGACCAGCGACACCCACAGCAACUGCACCAAACUCAACCUAGGACGGGUAACGCUCUCCAACGUUUCCGAGCGGAAGGACAACAUGCGCCUCGGCCUCAGCCUGGCUACCAACCCCAAGGACAACAGCUUUCUGGCCUGCAGCCCUCUCUGGUCCCACGAGUGCGGGAGCUCCUACUACACCACGGGCAUGUGCUCCCGGGUCAACUCCAACUUCAGGUUCUCCAAGACGGUGGCUCCGGCUCUGCAGAGAUGCCAGACGUACAUGGACAUAAUCAUAGUUCUGGAUGGAUCAAACAGCAUAUAUCCUUGGGUUGAAGUUCAGCACUUCCUGAUAAACAUCUUGAAAAAAUUUUAUAUUGGCCCCGGCCAGAUACAAGUCGGAGUUGUUCAGUACGGAGAAGAUGUCGUCCAUGAGUUUCAUUUAAAUGACUACAGGUCUGUAAAAGAUGUGGUAGCGGCUGCCAGUCACAUAGAGCAAAGAGGAGGUACAGAAACCAGGACUGCCUAUGGGAUAGAGUUUGCUCGCUCGGAAGCGUUUCAGAAAGGUGGCCGGAAAGGGGCAAAGAGAGUAAUGAUUGUAAUCACAGAUGGAGAGUCGCACGACAGCCCAGACCUGGAGAAGGUGAUCGAGGACAGCGAGAAGGACAACGUCACCAGAUACGCGGUGGCGGUAUUGGGUUAUUAUAACAGAAGAGGAAUCAAUCCCGAAGCCUUUUUGAACGAGAUAAAAUUCAUAGCGAGCGACCCAGAUGACAAGCAUUUCUUUAAUGUCACGGAUGAAGCAGCACUCAAAGACAUCGUGGAUGCGCUGGGGGAAAGGAUAUUUAGCUUGGAAGGAACCAACAAGAAUGAAAUCUCCUUUGGCCUGGAAAUGUCCCAAACUGGAUUUUCAUCACAUGUUGUGGAAGAUGGGAUCUUGCUGGGGGCAGUGGGUGCCUACGACUGGAACGGAGCCGUCCUGAAGGAAACCAGCAGCGGGAAGGUCAUUCCCCUGCGGGAAUCCUAUCUCCAGGAGUUCCCGGAGGAGCUGAAAAAUCACGGAGCGUAUUUAGGUUACACCGUCUCCUCCGUCAUAUCCACCAAGCAUGAGCGGAUUUACGUCGCUGGAGCGCCCAGGUUCAACCACACUGGGAAAGUCAUCAUUUUCAGCAUGCACAACAACCGAAACCUCACCAUCCACCAGGCGCUGAAGGGAGAGCAGAUCGGCUCCUACUACGGCAGCGAGAUCAACUCCCUCGACGUCAACGGCGACGGCGUCACUGACGUUUUGCUGGUGGGAGCCCCCAUGUACUUCAGCGAGGGCAGGGAGAGGGGGAAGGUCUACGUCUACACCCUGCGGGAGAACCGCUUCGUUUCCAGCGGUGCCCUCGUAGAUCUGCAGAGCUACCAGAACUCCCGCUUCGGCUCCUGCAUCGCUGCCGUGCCAGACCUCAACCAGGACUCCUACAAUGACCUUGUCGUCGGGGCGCCUUUGGAGGACGAGCACCAAGGAGCAAUAUACAUCUUCCUCGGCUUCGAAGAGACCGUCCUGAAGAAGUACAAGCAGCGGAUAGCAGCUGCGGACCUCGCGCCAGGCCUGAUGUAUUUUGGAUGCAGCAUCCACGGGCAGCUGGACCUGAACGAAGACGGGCUCGUAGACUUGGCCGUCGGCUCUCUGGGGAACGCCGUGCUGUUGUGGUCCCGCAGCGUGGUCCAGAUCAAUGCCAGCAUCCGCUUUGAGCCCUCCAAAAUCAACAUCUUCACCAAGGACUGCAAGCGGAAUGGGAAGGAUGCCACCUGCAUGUCAGCCUUCGUCUGCUUCACCGCCGUCUUCCUCUCGGCUCACUUCCAGACGGCCAGCGUGGCGCUGCGGUACAAUGCCACCAUCGACGAGCGCAGGUACACGCCGCGGGCUCACCUGGACGAGAGCGGAGAGCGGCACACGCAGAAGGGGCUGGCGCUCCUCGCCGGGCAGGAGCACUGCGACAGGCUCCAGUUCCACGUCUUGGACACAGCUGACUAUGUGAAGCCGGUGACGUUCUCCAUCGACUACCAGCUGGAGCACCCCGAGAACGGCCCCAUGCUGGACGACGGCUGGCCCACCGCGCUCAAGGUCUCGGUCCCUUUCUGGAACGGGUGCAAUGAGGAUGAGCACUGCGUCCCUGAUCUGGUCCUGGAUGCCAGAAGCGAUGUGCCCAGUGCCAUGGACUACUGCCGGCGGGCUCUGCGGAGGGCACCGCCGGACUGCUCAGCCUUCACCCUCUCCUUCGACACCUCCGUCUUCGUCAUCGAGAGCAGCAGGAGGAGGGUGGCCGUGGAGGCGGCGCUGGAGAACCGAGGCGAAAACGCCUACAGCACGGUCCUCAACAUCUCCUUCUCCAGAAACCUCCAGUUCGCCAGCUUGAUCCCCAAGGACGACACGGACGUCAACAUCGACUGCGUGACUGAAGACAAGCACCCCAACAAGAAAGUGUGCAACGUGAGCUACCCUUUUUUCCGAGCCAAGGCCAAGGUAGCUUUUCGCCUGGAUUUUGAAUUCAGCAAGUCAAUUUUCCUUCAAAGCAUGGAGAUCUACUUGAUCGCCAACAGCGACAGCGAGGAGAAGGAGAGCACCAAGGAGGACAACUUCGCCCACCUGAAUUUUCAGCUGAAGUACGAAGCCGACCUGCUCUUCACCAGGGCGUCGAGCCUGGACUACUACGAAAUCAGGUCGAACAGCUCCCUGGAGAGAUACGACAGCAUCGGCCCCCCCUUUCAUUGCACCUUCAAGCUGCAGAACCUGGGCUUCUUCCCCGUGGAGGGGGUGACCAUCAAGCUCACCGUCCCCGUGGCCACCCGGGCGGGCAACCGCCUCCUGCUCUUGACCGAAUUCGUGGUGGACCAGGAGAACGCAACCUGCAACAUCUGGGGAAACACCACUGACUACCGCAGGACACCCGCCGAUGAGGACCUCUCCCGCACCCCCCACCUGAACCACAGCAACUCCGACGUCGUUUCCAUCGACUGCAAUGUGAAAUUAGCCCCCAACGAGGAGAUGAACUUGCACUUGCGUGGCAAUCUGUGGAUGAAGUCUCUGAAAGCACUGAAGUUCAAGUCACUGAAGCUCACCACGAACGCCGCUCUCCAGCGACGCUUCGGGAGCCCCUUCAUCUUCCGCGAGGAGGACCCCAGUCGGCAGAUCACGUUUGAAAUCUCCAAGCCGGAGGAGUCGCAGAUCCCCAUCUGGAUCAUCCUGGGGAGCACGUUAGGAGGUCUCCUGCUCCUGGCCCUGCUCGUCCUUGCGCUCUGGAAGCUCGGAUUUUUUAAAAGCGGGAGCCGCAGGCGAGCGGCGGAGCGGGAGCGGAGCGCCCAAGGGCUGGAGUGAUGCUGCCGGGGCCACCGGCUC